CCACCGCGCCCGGCCACUUAUAUCACGUUUAUGCUUCCUAUCUCCUUAUUGAUCUUGAGGUUCAAGUUUUACUUAACCUUAUUUUCUUCAAUGACAAAGAAUUUUAUAAUUAAAAAAACCCUCAACCUUUAAUAUUCUAUGAUUCUUGUUAGGCCAUCUCAAUUGAGAACACUGAUAAAGAAGUAAGGCUCCCCCCAAUACUGGCUAGUUUGAUUUUAUCUGUUAAUGUUACACAAUCUGCCCCAAACCUGCCUCUCCCUUUUUAUUGUUACUUAUCCAAAGAUGGCUUGAAUCUCUUAUGGCUUGAAUCUCUUUGUCUAUUCUAAGCAAUUUUCAGACACCUCAGUCAACUAUCAAUAAUAUAUUAGUUUUUUAGAACUAAAAACGUAGAGGAUCUCCCCCUAAAAGCCAGUUGUUAAUGCCAAAUAUUUGACUGAUGUAUUUCUCCUGGAGGAAGGGAGAUGUGAAAAAAAUUAGCCAUCAAGUUAUGUGAAAACUUUUUCAUCUUCCCAUCCACUGGAUGUUUUAUCUGUAAAUAUCGCUAUACUCAUAUUGGAAAGUAUUUGCCUUCUGGGGAUGCAUGAAGAUUAGGAAUCCUAUUCGUUUUUAACAAGAUGGAAUUUUUAAAACUACUUUGGACAACUCUAAACAUUAGAGAUGACCAUUUAUCUCUCUUUUAUUAUGUUACUUGUGCUCAGUUUGUAGAGCAACGUAAAUACAUACAUUAAAAAAUGAAAACUAGAUCCUUCCCAAUUUGACAGAUACUCUUAUAAUGAUCAGCCCCAAACUUGAUCAAACUAAUGAACGUGUUUUUUGUCCUGUGGCCAAAAGACUCCAGAUCAUUUGGUUUCCAAAAGUAAAAUGAUCUGUAAUGGUGUUAAUAAUAAAGAAUAAUUUAUGUGAAUUAGGAGAGUUUACUGAGUGCCAGCAUUUUUCCUGUAGGUUUAAUUCUGUUGUGUUAUAACUGGUUUUGCUCCUGUGCCCUGUGAUCUCAUGAUAGAUGUAUUUAACAAACAUAAUUAAAAGAGACAACUGAGGAAUAUGAUUUCAAAGUUCUUGUCUAGCAUGGGGAUAAAUGAACACAAUGUCCUAUCUAAUCAUGUCACUUUUCUUGUUAGUUAUUAGAAGGAACACUUUUAUUUUAUAAUUUAUAAUUUUAAUGUAAAGUAGAAAAAGUAUUACUUUUUGACAGAGCCUUUCUUAGGGUCCAGAAACUUUAUCAGUGGGAUUCAGUUCUCCAGGUUUGAAAUACUUUGUUUCAUAUCUUCAUUUGACAAUUUUAAAGGAAGAAAUCCAUAGUGAAAUCAUUUCAGAUUCUCAACCUCCUCUCCAUAAGAUAUGCUCUAUCCCUAUAUAGGAAAUUUUUCUGUAGCAGCUUUUCUUGAGUUUACUAAAAAUAAGAUCUGAAGAAAAUGAAGCAAUUAACAUUUAUUGAGAAUCUAUAAGGGUUUCUACAUUGCAAAGGAGACAGAAAUGUAAGACAUGGCUCCUGCUUUUAGGUUGCUUAUAAUUAGAGAGAUAAUAUUAAAUUAUUUGGAUGAAUUUAAAAAUGACACAUGCCAUCUUACAGAGAUAUGCUGUAGACUGUGAAAAUGAAAAAAAAAACUUGUGUUUAGAGUAGACACUGUUUCAUGGAUUAGGUAGGUUUUCAUCGGGAUCUUGAAAUGUAUGUAAGAUUUUAAAAGCAGGAGAGAAAAUAAGAAGCUGUUUGUAUUAGAAUCACACAGAUAAAUUUGUAAAUUUAGUUCUUUUCAAAGAACAUUAAUUGAGCACCUCUGUGCCAAGCUCCAUACUGGGUGCUGUAGAUUACAGCAUGUUUAGGAACUAACUUCAUACUCUGUUGCAUACAUACAAAGUAUUUCUAUGUUUUCUAAAAAGGUAAAUCUCUUGUGAGGAAACAAAUCUCUUGAAGGAGUUCUCAUAACAGAAGUCCCAUUUACUUAGUGAUAUAAAAAGGGGCUGUUUUUUGGUUUUGUUCUCAAAAUGUAUGAUAAAAUUCUAGAAGUAAUUGGGAAAGUUUAACUUUGUUGAAUACGCAUCUUCCCCAUCAUGGUCAUCAUGGUUGAUUUCCUAUAUGGCGUAGUUAAAUGUGCUUAUCUGUUUGAUAUCCAAAGGGCCAUGCUACAUACAGACUGCCAACUAAGGUUUUAUCUGAUGGUAAUGAAUUGUUGCAUUUCAUGACAACGGCAACAACAAUAAUGUACUUAACUACUGUGCAAAUUGCUUUACAUACAUUUUCUCAUGUAAUCAUAAAAAUAACCCUAUGAGUUUUGCUUACUAUUGUUUUCCUUAAUUAAAUUGAGUAAAGUGAAGCUUAGGUUAAGUAACAUGUCCAUAGCCACACAUUUAGUCACUGGCAGGAGUGUGACUGACUCCAAAGUCUAUGUUCCUAAUUAUUGUGUUCUACUUUUUAAUAGGGAGUUCUUGAAGGUCUAAGGAGAGGAAUGCAUAAUGGUGUGGUCAAGGCAUUAGCGUUAAUAUUUGUAGAAAGGGUAAUUAACCACAGUCUGAGCAAUCACAUUCUAACAACUAGUAAGGUUGGCAGAAGCCUCAGUAUAAUGGUGUGAGGAACGAAAUCAUUAUAGUGCCAAAUAGAGUAUACCAUCUCUUUAGUACAAUGUCUUUCAAAAGAAGGCUGAUUGUGUUGGCUUUAUGUUUGCCUCCUCGAUAAUUAAGGCAGUAAAUUCUAGUUGGAGCUAAAUACCCAUAGGGCCUAAAACAGCAAAAUGGACAACCUGGCAGGUGUCCUUGCUGGAAGAUGACAAGAGUGCUGAAAGGAGAGUCCUGGUUUUUCUCCUGAGACAUGACAUUUGGGGGCUUCCAUUAAAAAAUUACCAAGCCUCUGCCACUGUAAUCUCUUCCUUAAGUGCCUAUGAUCUUUCCACAGUCACAGGUCUAUGCCUGGUCAAUACCCAGUGGCCAGGUCUCUGAGCUGUGGGCAGAGAUGGCAGCGACUCGGAGGGCUGGGAGGAGAUGAGGGGAGGAAAGAUCACUUUUCCUGACAACUUACAACUUGAUUCCACUUAUAAGCCAUUUAUUUUCAGAAGUAAGUAAUGGGUGAGGACAUAGGCCAGGUCCACAAUUUGUGCACUUGAGAGAUUAAGGCCUCUGAGAUCAAAUUACCACAGCAAACUGAGACAGAAUUAUUGUAGGGAUGUUUGGGGAGGAGGCAGAAAGAAGAGGAAGAAGCCAGAGACCCAAGAAAGGAGACAGGAAUAGAUUUUGAUGAAAAUUGCUUCCUACUCUGUACCCUUGAGGAAACAAAGAGGACAAAUAAGAAGCAGCAGUGAUAGGAGGAAGCUGGGCGUUUCUCUGGAAUAAAACUGGCUAGGUAGUGGAGCAUUGACAGUGAGUGUGCUUGGUCGGUGGAACGAAGGGAUGUGCUAGUUCAGGCCUUUGAACUCCUGGUGUCAGGAUCACAACCUUGGCUCCUUUAAUCGUCCCCUCUAGGAGGGAAGCAUGCCAAAUGUCAGGUCUCACACUGACUGUUCCAGUCCAUAGCUAGAAAAUGACCCAUAGAGGAAGAUCUAUGGAUGAGAGAAAUACUGUGAGCUGAAGAGAAAGGACGUUUUAGUGAGUGCUUUUUAUUGCACAUGAGGCAAUAGAUUUCAAAUUUCUGUGGAAGAAACGUGAGAACCUGGGAAGAGGGAAUAUUCAGAACCGAGCAGCAGAGGCAAUGACACAGCAUGGAAAGAUUUCCUGUGAUCCUUCUGCCUUCUCUUUUACUGAAGUGAAUUUGUUGUCUCUGCGUUGCCUCUAUAGCAGUACAAAAGGAAUCCUAAGGACACAGAAGAAGUCUAAGGAGUCUUAUAUUUAAGGAAGAUAAGCUGCAGUCAUUGAAAUUGCUGGUUAUUGUAAGAUAAAUCCCAGAUUCCCACAUUUUGCUUAAUGACAGCAGAUUUUUGUUUUGUUUUGUUUUGUUUUAACUGCAAAGCAUUAAUGGAAUCCAAAUUCCAGCCUGGCUUAGGAGAUCAACAGUAACUCUCUUGAUUUAAUGGUUUUGCAGACUCUUGAAGGCAUUGUCAUCCAUUAAAGAAAAAAUUUUAAAUCACUCUUGAAAGAAAAUGUCUUGGAUGAUAAAUAAGAUUUGAAGCAAGAUUAGAAAAAGCUUGAGAGAAGAAUCUCUUUAAAAAUUUUAUCAGAUUUUCCCCACUAUCGCCAAAAUGGGUCAAAUAACAGAUUUGCCUACAGCUUCAUGGAGACUAUUUUUUAAAAUAUUGGUUAUUUGCCAAGGCACACACUGAAAGUAAGGGCCACUUGGCCGACAGCAGAAUUGAGUCUUGGAUCCCAGGAUGCUGGUUUUAGGCUUUCUCCCGGAAAGAGGGCAGCAUUUACCAUCCCCCUACUUUUGCCCUAGGGGUUGAGCACUUUCUGCAGUACUUAAGAGUGUCCAGGGAAGUUGUGGGAGUCAGGUGAAUAGUUCCCAUCGCCAGUAACCCCAGAGCGCCUCCCCCUGCGUUGUUUCCUUUUAAUGUUAGAUCCGCCACCUGGGUGCCCACACUUAGCUAAGGCCCUUUAGUUUAUUUUCCUGAAUUGCGCUUGGAAAUCUUUUCCUGGGGAGCUGAUAGCCAGACUUCUAGGGGCUUGACCGCUUUUCCCAGACUAAUCUCCUUAAAGACCCGUUAAGCAGGGGAGAGACGGUGCAGACUGGAUGAACUGGACAGUGGGGGUAGGGAGAAAGGGAGUGGCCGUGUUCCUGCGGUCCGCUGAGAUCCGGCAGGUCCAGGGUGAAGGAGAUGGGACUGGAGAGGCUGAGCAGUCCGGGUUCGCUGUCCGCCACUUGGGCGCGGAAUCAGAGCAGGACUUGCUGAGCCCUCCUCCCCUUCCCUCUCCCCCUCCGUCUCCCCUUCUGCUUCCUUUUCCCUCCCCCUGGAGCGGUAGCGGCAGCAGCAGCAGGAAGCCGAGCCGGGUUGAGGGACUCGGAGGCGAGCGGAGGAGCUGGAAUAUGGGGAAUCAGCGAGGGCGGUGGGGCCAGGAGCCCUUGGGAGGGCCUACGGAGGGAGCGGCCCCAGGCGUUUGCUAGCGCGUGAGCGGUGGGGGAGCGGGCUCAGGGUGGCACGAGCGGAGGCGGGGCCCGGGCGUGGAGCACGGCUGGGGAAGCUGCCGCCUCCGGCCCUGCCCGGCUGCCUCCGCCGCGGCCAGUGGCUAUGGAGCAGGCGGGCACCAGACCUGCGGCGACAGAGCAUUCACGGCUCCGGCGGCCCAUGCCCUGGCUGCUGCUACUGCCUCUCCGGCUGCUGUUGCUGCUGCUGCUACCGGGCCCAGCGGCCUCCCAGCUGCGAUACUCCGUGGCAGAGGAGCAGACACCCGGCGCGCUCGUGGGCAACGUGGCUCGCGCGCUGGGGCUCGAGCUGCGGCGCUUGGGGCCGGGUUGCUUGCGCAUCAACCAUCUGGGUUCGCCCAGUCCGCGCUACCUGGAACUGGACCUGACUAGUGGAGCGCUUUUCGUCAACGAGCGCAUUGAUCGGGAGGCGCUCUGUGAGCAGCGGCCUCGCUGCCUGCUCAGCUUGGAAGUGCUGGCGCACAACCCCGUGGCGGUGAGCGCUGUUGAGGUGGAAAUAUUGGACAUCAACGACAACUCACCGCGUUUCCCGCGGCCCAAUUACCAGCUUCAGGUAAGCGAAUCGGUGGCUCCUGGAGCGCGCUUUCACAUAGAGAGUGCGCAGGACCCAGACGUGGGCGCCAACUCAGUACAGACCUACGAGCUCAGCCCCAGCGAGCACUUCGAGCUGGACCUUAAGCCCCUGCAGGAGAACAGUAAAGUGCUUGAGCUGGUGCUGCGUAAGGGCCUAGACCGGGAACAGGCAGCCUUGCACCACCUGGUUCUCACAGCCGUGGAUGGGGGCAUCCCAGCCCGCUCGGGUACGGCACAGAUCUCUGUGCGUGUCCUGGACACUAACGACAACUCUCCUGCCUUUGACCAGUCCACUUAUCGCGUCCAGCUACGGGAGGACUCGCCCCCAGGCACACUGGUGGUGAAGCUGAAUGCCUCAGACCCGGAUGAGGGCUCCAAUGGUGAGCUCAGGUACUCCUUGAGCAGCUACACUUCGGACCGGGAGAGGCAGCUCUUCAGCAUAGAUGCCAGUACUGGGGAAGUGCGAGUAAUUGGGGGGCUGGAUUAUGAGGAAGCCUCCUCCUACCAGAUCUAUGUGCAGGCGACUGACCGGGGUCCAGUGCCCAUGGCAGGUCACUGCAAGGUGCUGGUGGACAUCGUGGACGUGAAUGACAAUGCCCCAGAGGUGGUGCUCACGGACCUGUAUAGCCCAGUGCCUGAGAAUGCUACACCUAACACCAUUGUAGCCGUUCUCAGUGUCAAUGACCAAGACUCAGGCCUCAACCGGAAAGUGAGCCUGGGUCUGGAGGCCACACUCCCUUUCCGACUGAAUGGCUUUGGAAACUCCUAUACACUGGUGGUGAGUGGCCCGCUGGACCGAGAGCGAGUGGCUGUCUACAACAUCACGGUGACAGCCACUGAUGGGGGAAUACCACAGCUCACAUCCCAGCGGACACUGAAGGUUGAGAUCUCUGACAUCAAUGACAAUCCACCAAGCUUCCUGGAGGACUCCUAUUCCAUCUACAUACAGGAGAACAAUUUGCCAGGUGUGUUGCUCUGUACUGUGCAAGCCACAGACCCAGAUGAAAAGGAGAAUGCAGAGGUGACCUACUCCCUUCUGGAGAGGGAGAUUCAAGGGCUGCCAGUCACCUCCUAUGUCUCCAUUAACAGUGCCAGUGGCAGCCUUUAUGCUGUCAACUCCUUUGACUAUGAGAAGUUUCGGGAGUUCUUUGUGACUGUGGAGGCUCAGGACAAGGGGAGUCCACCACUGAGCAGCACUGUGACUGCCAACGUGUAUGUGGUGGACAUGAAUGACCAUGCCCCUCACAUUCUGUACCCUACCUCAACGAACUCAUCAGCAGCCUUUGAGAUGGUGCCUCGAACUGCCCCUGCUGGCUACCUGGUCACCAAAGUCAUAGCCAUGGACUCAGACUCUGGGCAAAAUGCUUGGCUUUUUUACCAUCUAGCCCAGACUUCUGACCUGGACCUCUUUAAAGUAGAACUCCACACAGGAGAAAUUAGGACUACCAGGAAGAUGGGAGAUGAGAGUGGUAGCACUUUCAACCUGACCGUGGUGGUCCGAGAUAAUGGAGAGCCAUCACUAUCAGCCUCUGUGGCCAUUACAGUAGCUGUGGUGGAUAGGGUUUCCAAAAUCCUUCCUGACACUCAGAGACAUGUUAAGAGCCCUCGGACAUAUUCUGAAAUUACCCUUUAUCUAAUAAUAGCAUUAAGCACAGUGUCUUUUAUAUUUCUUUUGACAAUCAUCAUUUUGAGCAUCAUCAAGUGCUACCGCUACACUGCGUAUGGCACUGCAUGCUGUGGAGGCUUCUGUGGAGUAAGGGAGAGGUGCCCUGCAGAACUUUACAAACAGGCCAACAACAAUAUUGAUGCCAGGUUACCACAUGGCCUGAAAGUGCAGCCUCACUUCAUUGAAGUUCGAGGGAAUGGCUCCCUCACCAAGACCUACUGCUACAAGGCCUGUCUGACAGCAGGCUCAGGGAGUGACACUUUCAUGUUUUACAAUACAGGGGCCCAGACAGGACCAGGGCCUUCGGGAGCCCAAGCAGCAGUGACUGACAGCAGGAACCUCACAGGCCAAAGUGGUCAGAGUGCUGGGAACCUGAUUAUUCUCAAAAAUGAGGCUAUUUCUCAAAAUGAGCCACGACAGCCCAACCCUGACUGGCGUUACUCUGCCUCCCUGAGAGCAGGCAUGCACAGCUCUGUGCACCUAGAGGAGGCUGGCGUUCUACGGGCUGGUCCAGGAGGGCCUGAUCAGCAGUGGCCAACAGUAUCCAGUGCAACACCAGAACCAGAGGCAGGAGAAGUGUCCCCUCCAGUUGGUGCGGGUGUCAACAGCAACAGCUGGACCUUUAAAUACGGACCAGGCAACCCCAAACAAUCCGGUCCCGAACCUAAAAAGCAGACCCAAGUUUCCUUUCUCCUCCGCCGCAAAGGAGAGGCUUCCCAGCCCCGCCAGUGAGAGGUUGGACUCUCUGCCCUGUGCUCCGGGGAUCCUGUCUUGAUGACACUUGCAGGGCAGGCUGAAAAGUUUUGAGAUUGAGCAGCUUGGGUGUUUGUGGCCACUGAGUAUGUGUGGCCACCGCGGGUGUGCGAAUGCCAGACAUUGGCUGAGACGGGCCAGCUUAGACUAAUUGGUACAAGGAAGGCAAGAGAACAAAGACAAAUAAACAGCGGAAGUUAUCAGUGUGGAGGGGAAGUGUAAACUAAAAGGGACCAGACUUUCCAAAUCUUACAACUCAAGAGGUGGUGGCCACCCUCUAGGAGACAAAACUACCCCCACUGACAAGGCUUUAGGAGACCCUAAAGUCCAUUGGCUGUGAUGUCAUUAUACCUAAAAUCUGCAUCUUACCUGCGAGUCAACAGUUCAGUGUUUUAACAGAGAACUACCCUGGGAAACAGAAGCAGAUCUGAUGUGUUUCCUAUACAUGUCCUGUGCUCACUUUAUUAAAAAUUCUUUUGCACACAAUGUUUAUGAAAAGGUCAGAUCCUUUUCCAAUACUUAUGCAAAAGCAAAAGAAAACCCCAACACCUCACCUUUCGCUGUUUGUUGUUUCAUAGAUUUAUUUAAAAAAAGAGAAAGUCUAUAGCUAUAAAUCUUUAAAGAGAAAUAUGAAUACAGUUCCCCUAAACUUUCCUCAAAAGAGAAUUGAGUCUACAGCCAUUUAAAUGAUCAUUGCUGCUACAGAAGUGCUUUAAGAGAAUUGCCUGAAACAUCUGUAUUAUAUCGGCCACCUGCCAGUCACAGCUUUACUCUUUCAGGUCACUCUGGGGCUGCCUCUUGCAUGUAUUACUAAAUAAAAUGAUCUCUCUCUCUCUCUCUCUCUUUUCUAAGAAACAAUUGUGUGCACUUUGAUACACAACCUUCUCUAACCAACUAUAUCAAGACCCAAAAAUUGAAGAAAAAUAUUGUUUUCUCAUACAGUGAGCAGAUUUUUCAGUCUUCUAAUUCUGACUUGUCUUGGUGUGCUAGCCUACACCUUCUCUUUGGUUUAGUUUUCCUUUUCUAUAACACUCUGAAUUGCUAAUCUUACUAACACCUAUGAUGUUACCUGAAAUCAAUCUCCCAUAUGUAUGCUGUAUGCUAUGAUAAGACUCCUGAAAUAUACUUACUCUGUGCUUGUGUAUGUGAAUGUUAAUGCAACUAUUACCUAGAGUGAACUUUAAGCUUUAUUGUUGAAUGUAAUUCCAUUAUAUUUCCUUUUGUACACCUGUGAAAAAGUGGAGUAGUGUUUUUUUAACCAUUGUUAAUCAGCUUUUGUGUAUGAAAGACACAGUAAAAUUUCUUUCUUAAAUCAAGAUACUGGUGAUUCAAGGAAUUUUAUUUAUGGUCCAGCCAAGAGCCAUCUCUUGCCAAGACUUCUGCUGGCAAGGGAAUGGAUAAAGCUGUUUUGUUCUAGUAACAAUUUUGGAAUGAAUACUGACAAUAUUCCAUAAGGGUGUGCAAGCACAAAUUUUACCAAUCUGACCUCUUUGAAGUUGCAGAAUGCUUUGAAAUUCUAAUGGUAUCUGAAGUAUCAGCUCAUAGAAAGUAAUAAAAUUUGCUGUCACCUUAAAUAAGACAUUUUAAUUUUGUUAUAAUGUACAAUUUAGAAGUUUGAUUAAUUAUAUUAUCUAGGCAUUAAUAUAAAAGAGGUAGGAGUCUAUUAUUUAAAAAAAAGCAUUAAAUUAAAAAAAAAACUGUCUUGUCUACUUUUAGCUUCAUUCUCCCAUAUUUUGAAGGGUGUGUAACUUCAGCUCUGCAGGAUUGCAUGGGGUAAAACUUGUUGCCAACACAUGUGAACCAUUGCCACAUUGUAGGUUGUGAUCAUUUUGCCCCACUGAAGCCCAUGUAUCUGACCUUACGUGCCUUUUGAACUAGGAGAAUCGGGCUAAUUUGUUAAUGAUGAUAAUUAUAAUGUAUCUGUACAGCACUUUUUACAUUUGCGAAGUGCUUUCCAAUCCAUGUUAGUUACUAGUUAUUACAGCUGUAAGGAUAAAACACGUCAUGUGGAUUCAUUUUGAAUUGGUGCUAUUGGUAUUUCCUCUGUUAUUGCUAAUAAAUGAAAAUGGUGGUAUGAAA